UGCACCAUCAACUAUGGUUGGGUUCAACCUCUUCAAAGCAUGUUUUGCCAUUUAUUCUAACACAUGUACCGUUCUGCACGCAGGACAGUAGGUAGCCUUUGGUGCCAGACAUUGCAUGCCUCACCCAAUGGUUGCGCGUAAAUUCAUUGACUGACCGCUUACUAAAACACUGCUCGGCAACAGAUGCUGGCUCAAGGGUGUUUUAAUUUUUUCGCGGUUUGGUCAAACCUUUUCAGGAGUUCGGUAAAAUCUUUAGUAUUCCCACACAAGUCAUGAUCGCGUCGCAAUGUAAUCAAGGUGUGAAAUUAUGCAUCUUCAAAUACAAUAUUUGUGUGGUCAAUUUGCAGCGUAAAAAUGAUAAUCGGACGCGCGGCUGACUGCCACUACCCAGGCGUUAAGAUCUGUCAUGCGUAGCAACGCCUGGGCAGAGGAACGAACCCAAUCUCAACCUUGCCUGUGGCUGGGGGAGGGGGCUUGUGUGGGAGAAACCAGGAAGAGAAAUGGUAUGAAUGUAUUUGACAACUUUAACCUCAUGUAGCCUGAAUAGCUAGUGUCUAUUUGACGAACACAUUUUACUCGACACAACGGAGACUCACUUGCUUUAUGUCAAAGUGAAAUAAAAAUUUAGAACGAUAACCCCAGCUUCGAAACGAAAAAGGUUAAAGUUCACAGGAAGCUGGGGGGCUACCAUUUUUCACUGCUGCUUACAUUUUAGAUGCUAGAGAGGGAGGGGGUGGUCGUCGUGGUUUUAUUUAAUUUCUCCAGACUAUUGAGCUGUACACGUUUUUUUUGUUUGUUUCGCCACCCCUACUCACUAACAAUUGAUGUUGAAUGAAUUCGGCAUGGAGAGAAUAGCGGAGCAGUCGUGGAAUUCUUCAUACACCUAUCAGGUGAGCAAGCAUAGCGCGGAGAUGCUACACAACCUCAACAUUCAGAGGAAAGAUGGAGGCAAGUUUUGCGAUGUGAUCUUGCGCGUCGGCGAAGAGAGCUUUCCUGCCCACAAGGCGGUACUGGCGGCGUGCAGCGAUUAUUUCGAGUCCGUUUUUGGUUGUCAAACGGAGGGCGACGGGGAGGCAAAAGAGCUCGAGAUGCAUACGAUAAGUCCCAAAGUUUUUAAAGAUAUUUUGGACUUUGCCUACACCUCUAGGAUUGUGGUACGAUUGGAAUGUUUCCCCGAGUUGAUGACGGCUGCUAAAUUUCUGCUAAUGCGUUCUGUCAUCGAGAUAUGCCAAGAAGUAAUCAAACAGUCCAAUGUAAAAAUUCUUGUUCCACCCUCAAGAAGAGGCGACGUCAGUUUAUUCCGUGCCACGGGGGGCUCUGAAUUUAGUUUCACAUUGGCUGUAGACAACUUGUCAAAUGGGAAUGGCUUGUUUACCAACAAUGGGCAGACGCAUAAUGUGGAUGGAAAUCGGGCCAAUGAUACAGUCAUGUCGGAUGGCAGCCCCCAGUCCUCUAUGCCAGUCCUGCAGCCCGUGUCUCCAUCAGAGAUGACGGGCAACCCGUUCCAAGAAGAGGGCUCUUCGGGUUCCAAGAGAGGCAGGGGGCGACCAAAGAAGGGGACAGUCAUGGAACCUAUUCAUUACAACAUCAGCACCUCUGACGUUAAAGAAGACAUUGAGCAGAUAUUUCCUUGUGGAAUAUGUGGCAAGGCAUUUACAGAGGCUGUGCGAUUGAGAAACCACGAAGCGCAGCAUGGAGCGUCCAGCCAUGGCGCGAGUAGCGGCGACGGCUUGUCUGGCGAGGGAGGCCCUACCUCGAUAUCGCACUCUGGUCAGCCCGGUCUGUUGGAGAAUGGCAUGCCAUUGCAUGGAGGAGUAGGCAUAGAAAACAGCCGUAAGCGCGAGAGGACGAGACGUCACGUUGGCUGUGACAUUUGUGGGAAGGUGUUCCGGGAUGUCUACCACCUGAACCGACACAAGUUGUCUCAUUCCGGGGAAAAGCCAUAUGCUUGCCAUGUCUGUGGCCUGCGGUUCAAGCGCAAGGACAGGAUGUCAUACCAUGUCCGGUCACAUGAUGGAUCUGUGGGUAAACCCUACCUCUGUCAAAGCUGUGGAAAGGGGUUUUCCAGGCCAGACCAUCUGAAUGGACACAUCAAGCAGGUUCACACAACAGAGAGACCCCAUAAGUGCCAGAUUUGUAAUGCUUCCUUUGCUACAAGAGAUCGCCUGCGGUCCCACCUAGCUUGUCACGAGGACAAGAUCCCCUGCCAGAUGUGUGGGAAGUACCUCCGAGCUGCGUACAUGACCGACCAUCUCAAGAAACACAGUGAAGGACCUCACAACUACUGUGGUAUAUGCAACAAAGACCUGUGCACCAGUCACCGGCUGCUGGUCACCUUCCCAGAGGCAGAUGGUCACUGCUUUCUCCCCCAGGCCGGCCCUCCCUCCCUGGGUCUGCAGCCCGAGCUGCUCCUGGGGAAACCAGGGCCUGGGGGGGCUCCAUAUUUCUGGGAGUGCCACUCUGCCGGGCCGCCUGGGUUUCACCCCCUCCACGGGCCUCUGCCAGACGGACAGGAGAAUGCUGGAAAAUGCCCCCAUCAAGGAGAAUCUGAGGGAGACGAGCCGUUGUUCGGGGAUCUGUCCAACGGCGACGAAAUUAAGUCUCCGCACAAGUCUGAGGAAGAGGAGCUUGGGACGCCGUUUGACUGCAACGGAGCCUCUACCGAUGCUGUGGGAGGGUCGCCACCAGGUGCCGUUAAAGCCAAGACCAGCCAGGACUCUCCAGUGAAGAAGUUCCCUUGCAGCGAGUGCACCCAGACCUUCCGCACCAAGUCUUACCUCAAUAAGCACGUCAACAGAGUGCACCAUCAUGGGGUCCAGAAGAGUCUAGUGGUGAGUGUAGGGUCGGGGUCAGGUCUGGGGGAGCUGGGUCCUUCCCUGGGCUCACCCUUCUCCCCUCAACAGAACAUGUCUCUGCUGGAGUCAUUUGGCUUCCAGAUCGUCCAGUCUGCCUUUGCCUCGUCGCUGGUGGACUCUGAGGCAGGACAUAGUGGGAUGGAGCUGGGGGGGAAGUGACCUGUAGGUCAGUGGGGGGAAGUGACCAAUAGGUUAAUGUGGGGGAAAGUGAACCUAGAUUUGUGCGGGAAAUUUGCCCUAGUUAGGUCUGUUCAGCCUAUCAGAUGUAAGGGAAUGGCGUUGUCUAUAGACUGCUCUUGACGUUGUCUAUACACUGCUCUUGACGUUGUCUAUACACUGCUCUUGACGUUGUCUAUAGACUGCUCUUGGCGUUGUCUAUAGACUGCUCUUGACGUUGUCUAUAGACUGCUCUUGGCGUUGUCUAUAGACUGCUCUUGGCGUUGUCUAUAGACUGCUCUUGGCGUUGUCUAUAGACUGCUCUUGGCGUUGUCUAUAGACUGCUCUUGGCGUUGUCUAUAGACUGCUCUUGACGUUGUCUAUAGACUGCUCUUGGCGUUGUCUAUAGACUGCUCUUGGCAUUGUCUAUAGACUGCUCUUGGCAUUGUCUAUAUACUGCUCUUGGCGUUGUCUAUAGACUGCUCUUGGCAUUGUCUAUAUACUGCUCUGCUGUUCAUGGCAUCAUCGCUCACUGUUGUUUUAUUACAUUCUGUGUCAUGGAGCUCGCUAUUACUAUCUAUAUACAGCAUUUCUUUAUGAAGACCAUUUCAGAGCAGAAUAUAAAAUGUACAUUAACAUGAAUUAUUUUAACAUUAAGAAACUUAGACAGCAGAUUUUAGGAAGCUGUUAUCUUCCUUUUUGAUUGUAUUUGUAUUGUUGUUUAUGACAUAACCAUGCCCUUAAGAUCCGUUACCAUACACAUGCACAUAAGAAAAAUAUAUUAGUAAAUGCUGUUAUUAUCAUGUCAGGUAAUGGAAAUACAGAGUGUGGUUUGUAACCAAUGGGUUAGUACAUGCGUUCACUGGGUCAUUUUGAAUUGCUUUGUUAUUAUCAAUAUGCUGUUCACAGCUGCGGUGAAACGGUCAAACCCAAGCAUCCCCUUACUUCAGACAGAGCUCCUGAAGGGGAGAGGCUGCAAAUGGAACUCUGGUCCAAUUCUGAAUAGAAUCAUAGUCAAUUCUAUCAGUUUCUGCAGGGCAAGGAUAAAACCCUAUGGCUGUUCCAUUUGAGAAUGUUCUAUUCUCUUAUUACAGAUUUUUAGAGAACAGAUGUAUUUGUUAGUCACGUGAAAUCAAUUCUAGAUAUUCAACAGGGACCAAGUUCAGGUUUGACUAUUAGAAAUCAUGAGAAAUGUAGAAUAUAUUUUAUUAAUUUAUUGAUUGCCCUGUAUGCUUUGUGGACAAAGUUUUUUUUUUUUUAUGAGUUGAUGUUUGAGAUGUCGAUGUGUUGUACUGAUUUUUAGUCUAUAAGUUAUGCUAGAUACAGGAGGCCAACUAGGGAGCAACAGUGAGUAUGUAUGCUGAAAUAUCUGGAUGUGUUUGGUGCUCUCUGAUAUGUGCUUUUGUCCUCCCAAUCUAAUCAACAAGAAGGCUUUUAGUCUAAUUGUUUGUCAGAUCAUUUUGCUUUAUUACUUUCAGUACAUUCCUGCUUUUAUUUAUCAUUAUAUUACGAUUGUAACGAGUGUAUAUAACAUUCAUUCAUAUACAGUGAAUUCAGAGAGUAUUCAGACCGCCUGCAUUUUUCCACAUUCUGUUACGUUACAGACUUAUUCUGAAAUUGAUUUAAUUGAUUAAGGAAAAAAAACAAUCUACACACAAUACCCCAUGAUUAAAAUGUAA